AUGGCGGCCGUCGCUCCUGUAGCUGACCGUACGCGUCCAGGCGAUCUGUCCCUUGUCUUUGAUCAUCUCUGUGCCUCUCUUUGUUCGUUUUCGAUUUUGCGGGUCCUUGGGUCGUCUGCCGCGUGGCUUUCUAAACUUUGUUUUUUGUAGAUUGGGUUGCUUCCUCCGCUCGUUUAUCACUGCCUGUACCGGUGCUUUGUACGUUUUAUGCGUAGAUCUGUGUGAUCCCUGGGAUGUACGUGCGUUUUUCAUGUGUUUCUUUGAGUUGUGUCGGUUGAUUCCCCACUUUGCUAGGGGAAGUUUUUCUUCUAAUGCGCUCGGUCGAUGUCGCUUUGUUGGGGCAUGAUGACUGAUUUUUCAUGUUCGGCAUGCUUCAUAAAUUUUCUCUCUUCGUUUUCUAUAUGAGUUGAUUGACUACAUCGGCUUAGGAUUGCCUUCGAAUUGCAAGGGUUUAGCAGAGUGAUCGAUUCCUGUGAGAUCUAAUUUUAUUCUUUGAAGGAAGGAUCAAUUUUUUGUUCGGUUUUUAAUGUGUUUUUCUAUGAUCAAUUUCCAUGCAUGCUCUCUUACGUUGCGAGUUUUCUCUCUGAAAUUCUUCUCUUAACACCGGCUUUCUUGUUACAGAAGCCACGGAUUUGUUGCAGAAGUUAUCGCUGGAUUCGCAGACAAAGACCAACGGCGCUUCGGAGGUCACGAAGAAGGUGAGAUCCAUUUUCUUAUUUUUUUCAGUGAACCGCUAUUUUACUUUUAAUUUUACUCAUGUUUUGUGGGUAGUGAACUCUACUAACUUAAUUCGGCCGCUAAGCCUGCUAAACAGGCUUACGGGUCUGCGGAUGGAGGAGACAGAACCAGUGCACCAGUUCCGUCGAGUGAACGGUCGAUGACGCCACUGCUGCAGGAAUUCAUGGAUCCGAGCAUGUGUUAUCUUCCGAAUGGAUAUGCCUCACCUGCAUAUUAUUAUGGAGGUUUGAAAAAUCUGUUUAGCCUGUGUUAUUUGCCGGGUUUAUUGUUUCAGUACGUGAUUAGUAUUAAUGCCUUUGUCGUUUUAUUUUUGGCGUUUCAUGACUGAUCAUAGUAUUAUGCUUUAUUUCAUGUUCGGUUUCUUGUCUGUUUACUAUGUUGCCAUCCUAAAUGUUUCGCUUUUUCGAUUCUUGUUUUCAGCUUAUGACGGUUCUGUUACUGAUUGGGAGGAAUACUCUAGGUAUCUAAACCCCGAUGAGAUGCCACCUUCAGUAAGUCUUCUCUUUGCUAAUCAUUUAAGUGAACUUUUGUAGAUUUUAGCUUUAUUCUGAUUUAAUUUCACAUUUUUAUGCUCUCUUCAUACUAGAAUAACAUCAUCAUUUGUGAUUUGGGCUUCCUUAUUAUUUAAAAAUUUAACAACAUUUAGAAUUUUUGUAAUGCCCUUUUUUUAAUCUUUUGCAGGGAGUUUAUGGGGACGUCUAUCACCAUGGGUAUGGUUAUGCACCUUAUGGAGCGUAUGCUCCUCCUGGUUCUCCGGUUCCAACAAUAGGACAUGAUGGUCAACUGUACGGGCCUCAGCACUAUCAGUACCCAGGUCCCUAUUACCCACCGGCCACACCAACGAAUUCCACUUUUACUCCUAAUAACCCACCACCUUCAUCUCAGGCAGAAGUCUCUGCCCCUGUAAGUUCUGACCAGACAACUGUUUCAGUAGAUGCUACAAAGUCAAACUCUAAUGGAAUUUCCAAUGGUAAUUCUAAUGGAAACAAUUGGACAUUGCCGUUGAAGCCUAGCCCACAAAAUUCGUCUACCACUUCAAAUGGGUCAUAUGGGAGGGGUCCUAUACAGGGUAGCCUCCCCUCUGGUUAUCCUGAUUCCAGAUAUUCAUACGAUGGAGUUCGUUCACCUGUUCCCUGGCUUGACUGCCCCACUUUUCUGGACGGGCAGCACAGAGUGCCCACAACGAGCUCUGUCUCGUCCCCAGUUUUCCAUGCAGGAAACAAUUCAUCAACAAGGAAUCAUAACCUGCGUCCUUUCCCACAUAUGAUGGUAUGUAUUGUUGCCGCAGUUACUUAAAUUUUUUGUUUCUUUUUUCCUUUACCUCCGAAGGGGCAGGAGUAGAUGUUUCAGUUCUCACGAAAUUCUAUUUCGCCUGUUCACGUGGAUACAGUUACUCGUCAUAAGAUUGAUUGUUUGGCUUUAUUGCAUAGAUUUUUCAUUAAUUCUACUUUUAUUGUGAUUUAGGAGCUAGCGAUGCCAAUUACUCUAUUUUUCAAAAUUACCUCUGAGAAAAUUGUUUUAAGUUGCUAAAUUUCUGGAUGCUGCGUCAGUGAUUCCUUGUUUUUCUCAAAAAUAAUUUCAGGGCUUACACUCACCUAGGCCAAAUUCUGGAAUGGGACCGGGUGGUACUGGGCUCAUGAACAACUUGUAUCCGAAUGCCAGAAUGUACGGGCAAUGUGGAAAUGCAUUCAGAACAGGUUUAGGAUUUGUGUCAAAUGGUUAUGAUUCCAGAACAGAUGGCCAUGGUUGGUUGCCUAUUGAUUCCAAAUACAAGCCCAGGGGGAGGGGCAAUGGGUUUUUCAGUUACGGCAAUGAGAACAUGGACGGCAUGGGCGAGUUGAACAGAGGGCCCAGAUCUGGCCGCUUUAAAAUCCAGAAGGGGCCUGGUUCCAAUGUGACGAUCGCAGUCAAGGGGCAGACUCUUCCCUCGGAAGGGAAUAAAGAAGUUUCCAGUGUUGUCCCAAACAAGGAUCUUUACAACAAGGUCGACUUUCCUGAGCACUACUCUGACGCAAAAUUCUUUGUCAUUAAGUCGUACAGCGAGGAUGAUGUCCACAAGAGCAUCAAAUACAAUGUCUGGGCCAGCACUGCCAGCGGGAACAAGAAGCUUGAUGCUGCCUACCAGGAGUCCAAGGCGAAGGACAGUGCGUGCCCUGUUUUCCUUUUUUUCUCUGUAAGUAUCUCAUCUAACCUUAGCAUGUAAUGGUUAAUUGCUACUAUCCGCCUCAGAGAGUGGGUGGGUGGGUAGGGUGAUCAGUAGGUACUUAGAAACUUUAUUUUUCAGGUGAACACAAGCGGGCAGUUUGUCGGCAUUGCAGAAAUGGUGGGCCCUGUUGACUUCAACAAGACAGUAGAGUAUUGGCAGCAGGACAAGUGGACCGGUUGCUUCCCUGUCAAGUGGCACAUUGUCAAGGACGUGCCCAACAGAAUCCUGAAGCAUAUAACCCUGGAGAACAACGAGAACAAGCCCGUCACCAACAGCAGGGACACCCAGGAGGUGAACUUUUAUAGAUAGAUAGAUAGAUAAAUUGAUACCUUCCACAGCAGUGUCUGCUAUAAAAGACCCACCCAGCAGCGCCAUUGACGUUCUGCUUCUGCCGUUUUCUGUCAGGUGAAGCUCGACCAGGGUCUCCAGAUGCUCAAGCUCUUCAAGGAGCACGUCAGCAAGACUUCUAUUUUGGACGAUUUUCUGUUCUACGAGGUCCGCCAGAAGACCAUGCAGGAGAGAAGGGCCAAGCAGCAACAGUUUCAGAAACAGGCAAUGCUCGAAAUUAGCAAUUUCAGCCUCGGCGUCUCCCAGAUGAUAUAUUUCUCACUUCAUCUGUCUGAUCAUUUUGCCCCGGUUUUACUUCAGGUCUGGGAUGGGAAGGCGGCUGGCACCACCGUUGUCGAUGAAGUGGACGGCGUUGCCAACGCGAACGGGAAGCUGAGGUUACAGAAGCCCUUGGACUCGCCGGUCAUGAGCAAGGAGGCUACCCAGGUGGCUCUUGGAGAGCUGAAGCCAGUGGAAGAGAACGGGGUCGCCGCCGGGCUGACAGAGAAAAGAGUGGCUGUGGCUGCCAACGGCUGCUAG